AUGAGCUUUGAGGGCACUUGGUACACAUGGGAACGGGGUUUAACUCCAGAAACACGUGUACGUGAGCGACUUGAUCGAGUGCUGGCGUCUCCAUCCUGGUACUCGUUGUUUCCUGGUGUUGGUGUUGAACCCUUAAUGCGUUACAAAUCAGACCAUGCUGCUUUAUUAGUAAGGGCAAAAACGGCUGGAAAACAGAAAAGAAAGAAGAAGGGGAAGGGGUACAAAUUUGAAACUAGCUGGCUGCUUGACGAAGAGUGUGAACAAGUGGUCAAGGAGGCAUGGAACAGGGCGGUGGGCGAGUCAGUAGAGAGGAAGCUAGCUGCUGUAGCUAGUAGUUUGGUAGGCUGGAGUGGGACGAGCACUAUCCUUGAGAAAACCCUUGACGACCUCCAUGCAAAACACGAAGCUUAUUGGUACUUGCGAUCCCGAGCUUUGGAGGUUAAAGACGGGGACAAAAAUACUAAGUACUUUCAUCACAAAGCUUCUCAAAGGAGGCAACGCAACAACAUUUCUGGACUCACGGAUAAGGACGGUGUGUGGCAGGAUGAUGAGGUCAGAGUAGAGGAGAUUGUGGUGGAUUACUAUAAAGAGCUCUUUAGCUCUUCGAGCCCAUCAGCAGAAAAUCUCAAUGAGGUGUUACAGCAUGUGCCAAACACCAUUUCGGCGGAAAAUAAUGCGGAAUUACUCAAACCGUACACCAAGGAGGAAGUUCACGAAGCUCUCCAAUAG